GUCCCAAAAUACAUCAUAUUUUCUUCUAUUUUUUGUAAAUAAUUUUGACUUUAUAAAAUAAGACUAAACAUCAUAUUUUGGGUAUGUUACUUAAUAAUUUGUGUACUACAAUUAACUAUCAGUCGGUUUUUGAAUACACCGGCCUUCAUUCACAAGGUUGGGUUGAUAAGCACUAUGUAUUAAGCGUUAAGACUACAUUGUGUAGUCGAAAGGCAUUAUGUAUUAAGCGUUAAGCCUACAUGCAUGUUCCGUCCAAAGUUAUUAUCAGUCGGUGUUGAUAUACGCCUGCCUUCAUUCCCAAGAUUUAGUCUAUAAGCGUUAGGAGCUAAUCGUUAAGACUACAUGUCCAGCGAGAGAAGUAAACAUUAUUCUAUGAUAACGCGCUCUCCAAGAAAACUUAUGUAAUUUUAGUCAUUUCUGCAUACUCAUGUCCUUCAAAACUGAGAGGUAAUCUCUGAAAUUCAGAUAGUCAGCAUGUUAGAUUAGCAACAUUGUGUAGAUAUUGUUUAAGUAAGUGAUAAUUGAAAAUGCGACCGUAUCAUGACCUAAGAGCAUCAGUGGUAUAAAUAACGGCCUUUAUUCCGGGUACCUCACUGUUGAGACACACGGAAUAAAGACUGGCCACUAAUAGAUGCUUCUCUUGGUUGUUUUAAGGUGUGCGGUCCCUUGCUAAUUCCCCGACAGCUAAUUCUAGGAAUUAUAAUUAGCCUUGACCAAACAUUAACCUUUAAAGGUUAUUAUAGGUCAUAAGGUUUAUUAUAAAUGGUGGAGGAAAUCCUAGAUGACCGGCGCAACACCCAAUAACUACAGACAGAAGCUGAGGGGCCAAGAGCCAAGGUCAUUGUUGACCAGCCUGCUCAGUCCUGUUCCGGUCCUUCAGUCACCAUCUUCACCCAUCCUCGUGUCUCCAGCUGUCAUCACCACAACAGCUGCAAAUUCAACAACGCCUGCAUCAACGUUGACAGCAACUUCAACAAUAACUUCAUCAUUGACCUCAAAUAUGUCAAGCAUGCCACAUGUAAAGCUUGAGGAGUACUCUGGAACUACAAAUGGAAAGAAUUGGUGGCAAGAUUUUUUAAACUUUUCAAACUUUUACUCCUUUAAUGAUGAUCGGAAAUGCAAACUAAUACCAUUUUAUCUGGAAGGAGCAGCUAAAUUAUGGUAUCGGGAGCUCUCUGAGGAAGAUCGGAAUAACCUUGCCCGAAUAAAGGCGUCAUUCGACCAACGCUUCUCUUCUCCAGCUGCAUUCGACGUCAGUGUUUUGCAGAUGGCACAAACGAGUGACGAGACUGUCACCGGAUAUGUCACAAGAGUCCAGGCUGCUACAACACAUCUUAAUCUCCCUGCGUCUGUUGUCGUGGCAAUAACAGUAAAUGGUCUUCGUUCGGCAAUACGACAGAUUGUUUAUAAUAAGGAACCGACCACCUUACAGGAAGUAAGGCAUCAGGCAGAGUUGGCAGAAAAGUCCUUGACGGCCAAUUCAGCUGAUGUCAAUAUGGCUGCAAAGGUGGACCAGCUCACCAACUUGGUUGCCACCUUGAUCACCAAGACAACGCCCCCUACCGUGCAGGCUGCUGCUAUCCCAUCAUCCAGUGGACAGCAAGACCAUCACAACAGACCUCCGAUGCAGAGAUAUAGACCGCAUAGACAACAGCAACAACAGUUGCCACCUCCAGACCAGCCACCACCACCGAUGCCAGCACAUCCAAUGAACAUGUCCACACAGCUGCCACGCCCUCCAUUCCAUCGUCAACAGUACCCACACCCUCAACAGCAGUAUCCACGACGACCACGACUACCAGUGCCACCUCACCUCCAACAAAAGUGUCAUGGCUGUGGGUCUGCAUGGAGUCUGAUGUUACUUUGGCUACUGACUGUUUUCGCUCACCCUAUCACGUGUUCGAGUCCAAUCCAACGUCUUAAUUAUGGAGUCAUCUACCAGCCAACCUCCAAAGUUCACUUUGCGACAGAGUUUUGGGUCCACACCUAUGAGGUCAAGCUCCCAACAGUUCCAAGUAUUCCAACAAUGGGCGGCUGUCACCAAGGCAACAGCAUUUACCCCAGCCUCCCCAGAUAUUAA